AUGGAAGGGAGGCAGGGAUGCACAGAUGAACAGUCAAAAUACUCAAGAAUGGUCGCAAAUGCUCAGAACGGAGCGCUCGAUCAAGUCAAUUUGGUAUUGACAGUAUUGGUAUUGAUCGAUGUCAAUGUAUUGAGAGGUAUUGGUAUUGAUUGUAUUGGUAUUGACAGUGUUGGUGGUACUGGUGGUCUUGGUAUUGAUAGUAUUGCCGAUGCUGACGGUAUUGGCAUUGGUAGUGUCGAUAUUGGUAUUGAAGUAUUGAUAUGUUUACCACAUAGAAUGAUGGAGGGAGCAUUCCAGAAAGCAAUGCCUCCCAAACGAAUGACGAAUGCUGCUGGACACACAAGAAGUUUCGAUAGAAGUGAUGGUAAUAUCACCUCAUCUCAGACAACGCAGCCAACGUCUCGACUGCUGUCGACUUCGAUUGAACAAACAUCGAACCAAAGCAUCGACGAUUCAACGCAGCAAGCUUCUUCAUAUCGUUCAGAAGAUGAGGAAAAUUCGAUUCCUAACGAGCCACGGCAAACGAGCAAUGGUCAUUCCGGUGUGUGGGAGUACAUGAAGAAAGAUGCGGAAGAUAAAGCACGAUGCAAUCUCUGUAUCGCACAUCGACUACAUCUAAUUGUUUGCAAUAGUCUCGGUCUUUGGUUGAAAAAACCGAAGCUCUCGUCGUCCUCAUCUCGGUUGACCACAUCGAUAUCUGAAUCAGAUUCAGAUUCAGAUCGCUCCGAAGAAUACGAUCUCGGCGAUGAUGAUCGUUCAAGUGCUUCUUCUCGAUCAAACCAGUACUCAGCAAGACAUCGCGAUGCUUCUGCUCGGUCCCCCGAGAUUGACGAUGAGACUAUGGCUGUUGAUCAUGCCGAUGAUGAUCAGUCUACAACAGGCGAGAAUACCAGUGACAAUGAGUUGGAGGAUUCCAACGACGAUCUUGUCGACAAUUGGUCCCGAGAUGUAUUGGUCGACUUUGAUCCGUCAACGUGCGGAGAAGAACAAGCAUCGAUCGGCGUCAUGAUGAAGAAAUGUCGCUCAUUCGUGAAGAUGUUGAAUAAAUCCUCCAUCCUGAAGUCGUACGUGAAUGAACUUCGCGCCGAAUUCGAUGUCAAACGUACUCUUCAACUCGACUGCAAGAGUCGAUGGAAUUCUUCGCAUCGACUACUCACUACCAUGCUUCUUUAUCGCAAGUUGAUAAACAAGCUUCACAGUGAAAAGCACGAAAUCAAGCUGAACCACAAGCAGACGAAGAAGCUUUCAUCCAUUGAGCUGGACAAAGGCGAUUGGACGUUGAUUGAAUCAAUCGAGCGCGUUCUGCAACCGAUCGCACAAGCAACGGAAUUGAUCAGCGGCAGAAAAUACUGUACCAUCGGAGUUAGCUUCUUCUCUCUUGUUCAGA